AUGCUUAAAUCGUGGGAUUUAUUUAUGACAGCUGCUUUGGAUUUACUUAUGGAAUCACCUUAAGCCAGAGCCAAAGUUAAAUACUAUAAAAUCAAGCAAUUAGCCUUACUCACAGUCACUGAUGAUAAAAAACAUUUCAUCUUCAAAUCAAGAAACGUGGAUGAGAUUGAGCAAUUUAUAAAAUUGACAAGCAAACUUAUGUUGAAUGUUGAUCCUACAGAGGUGAAAGAGGAACCUUAAGAGCCAAAAACAGAUAAAAAAUAAGGCAAGAAAAAAGGAAAGGGAAAUAAAAAAUGA